AUGAUUACGUUAUUCACAACGCUGGAGAUUGCACUCACCCACACCACACGCCAUGGCCCGUCCGCGCCAGAUGUGACAAUAUCCCGAGAAUGCCGUCUAGAGUCAUGGACGGCAUCCUUCUCCCCGGACAGCGACCAUUACAUCAUCCUCUUCGAAUUAGCAGUAGGAGAUGAUAAUGAUGAACCGCUGCGGCCCCCUCGCCCUCGUGCACCCAUUUAUGCAUGGAAGAAGGCGAAAUGUUCUCACCUUCGACAAAUGCCAAACACACAGUGCAACAAACAACCUGAACAAAAAUUAGCGUUCACAAGAAAGAACGACUACUGA